AUGUUUGAUUUCACAAAUGGGCUUGAUACAUUUGGCAAUCCACUGCCUAGUCGUCUGGCGAAUGUACUCUCAGAUGAUACUCAUGAGUCGCCUGUGACGGGAAAGGAGCUGGAUGACUUAUUGGCGAAUAUUCGUCCUGAUGUAGAUAUUCCAGAGCAUAAUCGUGGUGUUGGUCCGCCUGGGCUUAAGUACCCCCUCUACCGCCACCAAGAAGUUGCUCUUGCCUGGAUGAAACAAAUGGAAGAAGGCACUAAUAAGGGUGGUAUCUUGGCCGACGACAUGGGACUAGGCAAGACAAUUUCCACCCUGUCGCUCAUGCUUUCCAACCAGUCCAAAUCUCGUCCAAAGACAAACUUAAUCAUUGGCCCUCUUUCGCUGAUUCGACAAUGGGAAGAGGAAUUGUACAAGAAGACCAAGCUUGCGCAUAAAUUUUCGGUGUUUGUGUAUCACAGCAAAAAAACGACCACCUAUGAGCUCCUGAAGCACGACGUUGUGCUCACCACCUAUGGCACUUUGGCACAGGAACUCAAGCGCCGUGAGAAGUUCAUUCAGGAAAACAAAGAUAGGAACAUCGACUGGAAUGAUAAAUCUUGUAUGGCUAAGUUUCCGCUGCUACAUCCAGAGAAAGCUGUCUUCCACCGCAUCAUAUUGGACGAAGCGCAAUGCAUCAAAAAUAGGAAUACCCAAACGGCAAAAGCUUGUCACAGCUUAAGAGCGACCUAUAGGUGGUGUUUGACUGGCACCCCAAUGAUGAACGGCAUUCUCGAGCUCUAUUCCCUCCUAAAAUUCCUGCGUAUUAGGCCGUAUAAUGCCUGGGAGGACUUCCGUCAGACUUUUGGCACAUUAUUCGGCCAGUACGGCGACCCUAGGAGCAUUGCCAUGAACAAGCUUCGAGCACUACUCAAAGCAAUAAUGCUACGCCGAAAGAAGGACUCCAAGUUAGAUGGCAAGCCCAUCUUGCAACUUCCUCCGAAGAGGGAACAUAUCGUAUACGCCGAGCUAUCCGUGGACGAGCGCGACUUUUACAAACAACUUGAGGAGAAGGCCCAAGUGGUUUUCAGCAAGUAUCUUCGAGAGGGGAGUGUGGGGAAGAAUUAUUCCAACAUUCUCGUGUUGCUUCUUCGACUUCGGCAAGCAUGCUGUCAUCCUCACCUCAAUUUGGACGUCGACGACACAGCCAAACCCAUCGCGGAUGAGGAGGUGGAGAAACUAGUCAAGAAACUGGAUGCAACUAUUGUAGAGAGAAUCAAGGGUGUUGAAGCGUUUGAAUGCCCCAUAUGCUAUGAUGCAGUACAGUCGCCAUCAUUCUUCGUACCCUGUGGUCAUGAUAGUUGCCAGGAUUGUCUAUCUCGCAUCGUAGACAGUGCCAUCGCGCAAAAUCUCCACGAAGGCAACGAGAGUGACAAGGCUAAAUGCCCUGUGUGUCGAGGUGUUUUCGAGCCAAGAAAAUGUUUCACUUAUGAUUUGUUCAAGAAAGUCCACAUGCCGGACACUCUGGAAUCGUCGACGAAAAUCGAACCAGAGUACGAUGUCUCUAGCGAGGACGAAGAAGACGGCUCAGAAGGCGGGUAUCCUUCAGAUGAAAUUGACAGCAAAGGGAAUCUUAAAGGAUUUAUUGUCUAUGACGACGAUGAGCUUGCCGACAUCGACGAGCUAACAAAGGAGACUAAGAAGACUAAGGAUAAAGGCAAAGAGAAGGGAAAAGGCAAAGAGAAGAAGCCAGACGUGAAGCCAUCCAUGCUCAAGAGCCUUCGUCUAGAGGCAGCCAAGAACCACAAAGCAUAUAAGCGAUAUAUGACGUACCUACGCAAGACAUGGAUGCCAGCAGCCAAAGUCACCGAAUGCAUGAAGCUGCUCAGAGAAAUCCGAGAAACCGGCGAAAAGACCAUCAUCUUUUCCCAGUGGACGCUGCUCCUAGAUCUCCUGGAAGUGGCCAUGUGGCAUGAGCAAUUCCCAGAAAAGCCCAUUCGGUACGACGGCAGCAUGACCGGGGAAGAACGCAGUAAAGCAGCCAAAGCAUUCAGAGACCUGCCCGAGUGCAAUGUCAUGCUCGUGUCCCUCCGCGCCGGCAAUGCAGGCCUGAACCUCACGGCCGCGAGUCGCGUCAUUAUCAUGGAUCCCUUCUGGAACCCGUACAUUGAAAUGCAAGCCAUUGACCGGACCUACCGCAUAGGGCAGCCGAAGGAAGUAGAGGUGUAUCGAAUCCUGACGCAGGAGACAGUAGAAGACCGCAUCGUGGCACUCCAGAACAAGAAGAAGGAGAUUGUGGAGGCGGCGCUCGACGAGACGGAGAGCAUGAAGAUUGGUCGUUUGGGCGUUAGUGAGCUUAAAUUCUUGUUUAAUGCGCGCUGA